AUGGCAUUUCCUCCAAGUCCAACUAUUUUGAUGGUCCGAAAACUUCCGAUAGACUUAAGUAACGAAGAAGCAUCUGAUCUUUUACAAUAUUUUGGUGCCAAGUCAGUCAGUGUCAUGAGCCCGAGAGGUCACAUGAGAGGCACUGCGUUUGCAGAAUUUGGUUCUCGAGAGGAAGCUGAUAUUGCCCUAAAAAAGUUACAUCAAGCACCACUUUUUGGUUCAAGACUCGUUGUUCAAUAUUCAGAAAAGAAUUUCAUGCCUUUUGAGGCGCCAGAUUCUGUUAUUUUACCUCAACCUCCAAAGGCCACAGAAAAGCCUCCACAACCUGAAAGAGUGGGUUUGAAAACCGAAAGUUUACCGGACCAUUCUCUUCACUAUUUGUACCCACCCCCUACAUCGCAGACACUUAGUAACAUUUCUCAUGCUCUGGUUGCUGUACCUCACUUUUACAUCCAAGUUUUACAUCUUAUGAACAAAAUGAAUCUUCCUCCUCCAUUUUCAAAGUCGACAGAAAAAUCUAUAUUUGAAACAAGUGCAUCAUUACCACCACCUUUACCAUCUUCAUCUGAGUCAGAAUUAGAGUCUGACCAUGAGGAACCCCAAGAAUUGGUUGAAUCUAGAACACUUGAAAAGGAAAAGGAGAUUUUGGAGGAAAAGAGGAUUGCUACUCAGGCGUUUAUUGAGAAGCAUAUGCCUGAAUCAGAACGAAAACGUAAAAGAGAGAUUUCUGAACCUGAUCCUGGCCAUACAGUUAAAAUGAGCAAAGCAGUUUGUAAUGAGGAAAGCAAAUCUUCGUCAGUAAAUGAGUCAGUUGAUAUGGAUUUGAGCGAUAGUGAAAACACUGAAGCUGUGGAAUUACCUACAGUUAAACCAAGCGAAAUUGAUGUGCCAUCAAAUAAAUCAUCUCAAGAGCCAGAAAUUCCGUCUAGUUCAAAUGUUACCACUGAGAUGAAAAACAGAGCAAUCCCCAAACCUCUCAAACCUGAUUAUGAAGAACCCACUUCAAGCUCAGAACCUACAUCAAUGGUAGGAAGUCAGUCUGAAAAAUCAUUUGAGGCUGCAAUUCCCGAAACUAUUCCUGAAAAGAUAGCAGAACUACGCAAAAACUACGCAGAACUACGCAAAAAACUACGCAAAAAACAGUUUAUUGAUCAUCAAACGACUGUCAGAUCAAAGUGCUUGACUCCUGAUAAUUUUGCUGAACACGCUGUACUCAAAAGGUAUGUCAAAGGAGAUCCUUCCUCAAAGCUGUACAUAAAAAAUCUUAACCACAAAGAGGUCCAGGAAAAGGAUCUAAAAGAUUUGUUCAGACCUUACCUCGAGUUUUAUGGUCGUGAUGAGCAGGACAAUGUACCUGAACUUCAAAUAAAACUGAUGACACGUGGUCAGAUGAAGGGACAAGCUUUUAUCACGCUACCCAAUGUUGAGGCAUCAGAAGUUGCAUUGUCCGAUUUGCAUGGGUAUGUUUUACAUGGAAAACCUAUGGCCAUAAUGUUUGCUAAGUCUAAGUGAUACUUAGAUCACACUUUAUUCAACAAACAUUAAUUAUAAAUCAGAGGCAACAUAUUCACAAUACCGUAACUGUCCUUUUUCUCACUUUUUACACAGUUGGGAGAUUUUGGGACUCGUUAAUACGCUGCACAUUUAGAUCCCUGGGAAUUACAAUUUCUUGUUCCCACCUCACAUAUCCAUCAUAAUUGGAUCUACCUAUUGAUUAGUCCACUUAUUUCAUGCUAAUUGAUUGCUGGUUGAAUGCACAAUUCGCAAAAUUUUGCUGCUCUUAUAUGUUGCCUCUGUUGUAAAUUGAUUAAACCUUUUUGGUCAAUUUUUCAGUAUGUCAUGCUUUAUUCAUACUUAUUUCUUUAAUUUCGGCAAGAAUUUACCCGAAAAUAUUUAAUUUAAUUUAUUUAUUUCAAUGUAUUAAUCACAAUAAUUUUUAACUUGAUGUCAUGGAAAGUUCUUGAUGUUUUAUAUGGAUCCGUUUUAUUAUAUCAUGUCUCAUUACAUAUUUUAC